GUUACUCGUAAAUAACCCGGUCCCAGGUCUAUCAUUCAUUCAUCCAGCCCCCGACAACUCACAACGUGCAUCUCAAUUGAUGAACCAACUUCCGCUGCUACUAAUACCAACCUACCUUGAAAUAUUUCAAUCUAUAUUCUUACCACAAGGUCUAUUGCAAACUUGUCACAUGCUAUUUACAAUACCUCCGAACUCUAGUCGCUUCAAAAUAAACCGCGAUGGGUGAAUAUCCCCAUGAGACAACUAUCCUUGACCAUGACGGUGACCUACACCUGGUAACAGGCCGCUCGUUCAAGGAUAUACUCCAAGUCCAUUCUUUCUUUUGAAGAAGGCAUCGCCUGUUUUCAAUGUCAUGCUUGGCCCGAAUUUUAAAGAAGGACAGCUGGACGUUGGUGCUGCGUCGGGCACCCCGAAGUCAAUCGAACUCCCAGAUGAUGAUCCUCGCGCAAUACUCUUUAUCUGCCGGUGCCUUUACCAUGAUAUUGAGAUUCGGAAAACAUACAUGUCGGGCGAGUUGCUGCUGGAUAUCGCGGUGACGGCGGAUAAAUACCAGAUGACGCCGGUAAUCCAAUGCGUUGCAGACCGUUGGCUGCAUACUAAGCUCCCAAGAAUCCCAAGUAUAAAAACACUCCGGUCAGGGAACCUGGGAAAUUCCAUAGGAAUGGAGGACGGGGGAUACUACUUAAAAAAAACAUGUUUUCCCAAAAAGGAUCAAACGGCUCGCGAUAUCAUGGACUACCUGGUCUGCGCAUAUGUGAUGGAUGAAAAGAUCCGGUUCGAAGACAUCUCUAAGCACCUCUGCUUAGUUAUGGAUGCGUCCUUCCUAAGCUUUCAAAGAGCUGGAAAUCAUAUAAUGGAUUUUAUUCCAUGGCAACUCAUUUCCCUGCUCCAGGAUCUGAAAACCAACAUGAAGAGCAAUUUCAUCACCUUUCUGGUACAAUACAUGGACACCCUCCACGGGCAAAGCCGUUUCCAAUGCACUGAAUGCAGUUGGGCCCAUGAGCUUGGGGGGCCUACCGAGCAAACUUGACCAGGCACUUGACCACGGAGGGAUCUCAAAACCCAUUCCAAUCAUUGCUGUCUCUGAUGGACCACCUAUUGCAGAACGGCCUUGAACCGAUGUAUGAUGACCCUCUCUGCGAGGAGAAAGAUCAUGGAAUUCCCGACUACGAACUUGUGCUCCCAGCUCUGAUGG